AUGACCGUCGAUUCGAAGACUUCCUACAUUGCUUUGGCUGAAGUUCUUUCAUAUGUUGAGCGACCAGUCCACAUGGUCACCCAACGGAUGUGA